AUGGUGAAGUAAAUAUGAACCUGAACUAAUGGGCAAAACAUUUUCCACUUUUAGGGGUUUUAAACUACCUGAAAGAGACAUUUACCCAUACUCCAAGUUACGACAUGAGUCCUGCCAUGCUGAGUGUGCUUGUCAAAAUGAUGCUUGCUCAAGCCCAAGAAAGCGUGUUUGAGAAAAUCAGCCUUCCCGGGAUCCGGAAUGAGUUCUUCAUGUUGGUGAAGGUGGCUCAGGAGGCUGCCAAGGUGGGAGAGGUCUACCAGCAGCUGCACGCAGCCAUGAGCCAGGCACCAGUGAAAGAGAACAUCCCCUACUCCUGGGCCAGCCUGGCCUGCGUGAAGGCCCACCACUACGCGGCCCUUGCCCACUACUUCACUGCCAUCCUUCUCAUUGACCACCAGGUGAAGCCAGGCACAGAUGUGGACCACCAGGAGAAGUGCCUGUCCCAGCUCUACCACCGCAUGCCGGAGGGGCUGACACCCUUGGCCACACUGAAGAACGGGCAGCAGCGCCGACAGCUGGGUGCGUGUCCCCCUGCCCCAGACAUGGGUCCCACUUGGUGCCCAGCUGGUCCUGCUCACAGACAGCCAGAGAGAGGUCCUGGGAGAGAGGGGUGUUCCCAGCCAUUGUGGCGCUUUGGGUUCAGAAGUCAUGAGGCGCAGUCCCCAGCCUCAGGGGUCUUCCCAGGCCAUGUUCUCACAGGUUCCAAAGCACCCAGGCCUCCUACCGUGGAGCCAGGACUCCUACCGUGGAGCCAGGACUUUGAGCAUCUCCUUGGGGUGCACGGGGCAGGCCU